AUGUCGGCGUUACCAAAGAGAAUCAUCAAGGAGACCGAGAGGUUAAUGGCAGAGCCUGUGCCGGGUAUCAGCGCAGUUCCACACGAAGACAAUUUACGAUACUUUGAUGUGACCAUCCAUGGCCCAACGCAAUCACCAUACGAAGGCGGCGUCUUCAAGCUCGAACUUUUCCUCCCGGAUGACUACCCAAUGACACCCCCAAAGAUUCGAUUUCUUACCAAGAUCUACCAUCCCAAUAUCGACAAGCUUGGCCGUAACUGGUCUCCUGCCCUCCAGAUUCGUACUAUUUUACUCUCAAUCCAAGCUCUUCUUGGCGCGCCCAACCCAGAUGACCCUCUCGCCCCAGAAGUCGCGAAGAGAUGGAAAGAUGACGAGCAGGCAGCUAUUGCUACGGCCAAGGAGUGGACACGAUUGCACGCGAUGACAUGA